GAAUUUGAAAUCAGCAACUUCUCCGUCAAGGUCACGCUUGUGUUAUCGCUCACCCAAUUUUAAACUUGAAUGCACAUAAUUAUCACUGGUUUUGGGCUUUAUGGAAGUUGCGAAUACAAUUCCAGUUCGUUGGCUGUUAAUCGUUUGAGACAAAUUUGGAAUAAAACGUAUACUGAUACUUGUACUGGUAUAAAACUACACACAAUAGAGAAUGUUCCUGUCACGUAUAAAGCUGUUGACCAAUGCGUUAAUUCUAUCUGGAAAGAAAACCCUGAUUUAGUGAUACAUGUCGGUAUGGACGCCAGUGUGACGAUGCCAAUUUUGGAAACUCUGUCAUAUAAUAGUGGUUACGAUAAACCAGAUAUGGAUGGCGCUUAUUGUGGAAAUAAUGGUUGUGUUAAUAUUCAUGGUGAACCAAUCCUUUAUUGUAACAUGAAUUUGAGUAAAGCAUACAGUAAACUAGUGGAUAGUCAUAUUGCUUGUUCAAUUUCAAAUGAUCCAGGCAGGUUUUUAUGUGGCUAUAUAUACUACAAAUCACUGGAAUAUUCACCUGAUCGAGUUGUUUUCAUACAUGUCCCAUGUGCAACUAGAAUGUCUGUUGAAGAUACUGCUAUUUCACUUCUACAGAUAAUUCGUGAACUAACUGCUUUAAAAGGAGUUAUAAUUCCUUAUACAUUGACUACUUAACAGCAAACUUCUUAAAAUUUUAUUUCCUAUAAAUUUUUGUGAGUAAAUUAGUAGAACCUCAAUUAACCUGCGCAGUGGUCUUCUCUAUACACUGAGAAAAGCUGAUUUCAUGUCAUUAUUUUUAUACUCAUUAUGCCUGCAUUCUUUUAUGCACUGACGGCAUUAACAAACCAUUAAAAUGAACUCAAUUUUCUGUACAGAAUAAUUUACUUUCAGGUAUAGAAAAAAUAAAUUCAUUUUCAGGUUUCUUA